CUGUCGUUUUUGCUUCUUUUUUUCUCUCUUUCUCUCACUAACUUGUCCAAUGGAAUCACAUUGCUUGAACCAUGUUAUGACUAUAAUUUUUGCAGCAUUGACUGUGAGCUUGUUAUUGCCUCCAUGCUUGGCAACACAACCUAAUCCAAGUCCAUGUAAAUUUCCAGCCAUAUUUAACUUCGGUGAUUCCAAUUCAGACACCGGUGGCUUGUCUGCCGUUUAUGGACAGGCGCCUCUACCUCACGGCGAGACAUUCUUCCACAAAGCUUCUGGACGUUACUGUGAUGGCCGCCUUGUCAUUGAUUUCAUAGCUGAGAGCUUUGGAUUGCCAUAUCUGAGCGCAUACCUCGAUGCAAUAGGAAGUAACUUCAGUCAUGGAGCCAACUUCGCCACAGCAGGCUCAACAGUCAGACCCCAGAACACAACAUUUCGUCAGACUGGUUAUAGUCCCAUCUCUUUGGAUGUUCAGUACAAUGAGUUCUAUGAUUUUCACAGUAGAUCUCAAACUGUUCGAAGCAAAGAUGAGGUUUUCAAAAAGCUUUUGCCAAAGGCAGAGGUUUUCUCUGAGGCCCUUUACACCAUUGAUAUUGGUCAGAACGAUUUAACAGCAGGUUACUUCUUGAACAUGACUAUUAGUGAAGUUAAGGCCUAUGUUCCGGAUGUAUUGGAUCAGUUCAAGAAAAUUGUUGAGAAUAUCUAUGGUCAAGGAGGGAGAUACUUUUGGAUACACAACACCGGUCCAGUCGGUUGUCUACCAUACGUUUUAGAACGCUUGCCAUACACAGCUGCAGAGGUUGAUAAAGCUGGAUGUGCUUCUCCUUAUAAUGAAGUAGCUAAGUUCUUCAACCAAGCAUUAAAGGAAGUUGUGGUUCAACUAAGAAAAGAAUUGUCAUUGGCUGCAAUCACUUAUGUUGAUGUUUACUCAGCCAAGUACUCCAUCAUUAGUGAGCCAAAAAAACAUGGAUUUGAGCAACCAUUGGUAGCAUGCUGUGGUCAUGGAGGAAAAUAUAACUACAACCAAAACAUAGGGUGUGGAUGGGGAAAGAUUAAAGUGAAAGGGAAAGAGAUUUUGCUGGGAAAGUCAUGUGAAAAUCCAUCUGUUUGGGUGAAUUGGGAUGGAAUACAUUUCACUGAGGCAGCUAACAAAUGGGUUUAUGAUCAGAUUGUAAAUGGGGCAUUUUCAGACCCACCUAUUCCAUUGAACAUGGCUUGCCAUAGAAAUAUUUGAUCUAGUCGUAUUAAACUUUGCA